AUGGCCGGCAACAGCAUUCAUUUUGCGCUCCGAGUAUUAGAAGCGGCUGGCGUUGAGAAACCCGAGAAUGGCCCAGUCCGCGGCAUUGCCCUCGCAGCCGCUACUUUUGCGUGCAGUGUUCAUGCUCUUAGCCGUCGUUUCGGUAUUCUGCUUAACAACACCCUGGCUAUGAUGAAAAUCAUGAUUAUGCUGCUGAUCAUCAUUGCUGCCAUUGUUGUGGGAGCCGGGGGGUUUUCGGAAACCGAAAACGUCUUCAGCAGUAACACGUCUCCAAAGAACUCAUUCAAGGACGCCUCGAAAGAAGCCAACAGUUACGCACAAGCUUUUCUUGCAAUAAUCUUCACAUUUUCCGGAUUCGAGCAGCCGAACUACGUCCUCGGGGAGAUCAGUCGACCCAGAAAGAAGUUUCCGAUUGCUAUGGGAGCUGGUGUGGGUGUCGUUGUGAUGCUAUACCUCGCCGUCAACAUCUGCUAUUUGGUAGUGGUUCCCAAAGACGAGCAGAUCCAGCACAAUGUUGCUCGAAAGUUCUUCGAGCUUACCUUUGGAACCCUGGGCUCAGGCAGCGACACGGGUUUUCGCAUCUUCAACGCUUUUCUAGCCGUCUCCUCCAUGGGCAACAUCAUUGUCAUGACGUAUACAGCCGCCCGAGUAAAGCAAGAGAUUGCGAAGGAGUUCUUCGCCCAAAAUACAGACAUGAGCAUCGGCCGACUGAUUAGAUGGUUCCAGAAGAAAGGCUGGUUCGUGUCGCUUCAUCGAGUCCGAUGGCUCUCUCCGGAACAUCAUAGCGAGAGGACGCCUGUUGGCGCUCUAGUUCUCCAUUUCGUCAGCUGCGUCAUACUCAUCUUCGCGACAUACGGUAUAGAGCCGACAGCGGCCUACAAUUUGCUUACGUCGUUGAGCGCGUAUGUUAUCAACGCAUUCAUAGGGACUUUCCUGGGCCUGGGUAUACUUAUCCUGCGAUUCCGAGGACCACCUAGGACCGUGGCCGAAGACGAUACUUCGACCCACGGACGAGACUCACAGCCGCUUACCUGGGCUGAAAUGACAGGAAAGCGAUUUCACCCCUUCUUGUCUGUCUUCUCCGCCCUCGUGUACAUGUGCGGAGGUCUUUACCCGGUAAUCACCAACUGGGUUCCCCCUUCAGGAAUGCUGCUUUCGACAGUCAAGCCAUGGUACUUGGUCCCUACCGUUUCAUGGGUCAUCAUUGGCAUUGGUAUUGCUUGGUUUUUUGGUUUCGUACUUGUUGCACGCUAUAUUGAAAGAAAAGACCACAGCGUGUUCGUGGUGGAGAAGAAACCAGAAUUCGAGCCGGCCGAAGGCAGCAGCCGAAGUUCCGAGGCCGGCGGCACUGGAACCGAUCUCAUCCAGGUGCAUGAGACGGUAUAUCUGAGUUGGGUCGGGAAAGAAGCGCUACGCUCGAGGCGGCCGGUCUUCGAAGACCCCAAACAAGUCGAUGGGAAUGUGAGAGAGGUUCCGAUCUCUACUUACGCGGGCACUGACUUUGCUGCCUUCAUGUCGAGUCAAGCGGCGCCCGAAAGAGCGGGCUAUCGCUGA